ACUUGCGGUUCUUCGUUCGGUCAGCUGACGUUUGUUUUGCUUGUUUGUGGUGUUUGGCUGUGUUUCGGAAAACAAAACAAGAUCGCUUUUGUGUCUGACAUUGCAAAAUCUUUCAAAAACAAAAAAAAUACAAAAUGUCCCUGAAAACAAUAUUUCGAAACUAAAUUACAGUGUACCCGGACCUAGUUAAACAUUGUUUAGGUUUCAAAUAUUUUUGUUGCGUAUAUUGCACUGAGAUCUGAAAUAAUGGACGGCCCUCACUUGGAGCACAGUGACUCUGAUUCAGGGGACAGCUGGACCAUGUUGGACCACAGUCCGCAAUACGCAGAAGAUGCCCCAGAAGUGCCCGACACCCCCGACAGCCCCUCUAGACGCCCAGUAGAAGAGACAGAUAAUGUUGAUGAAGACACUGACGGCAUCUCCAUCAUAACUGACAGUGAACCCGAAUCACACACUCCUAUUGAACACCUUUACUAUGAAGACCAUCCACAUGAACAUCCAGAGCAUCCUACAGAGACAGACAUUCCUGAUUAUAUUCUGCAACGUGGCCAUUUAUGUGAUAAUGCUAAAGAAUGUAUCCGUGAAUCUGUGGAAGACUUCCUUGGUGACCCAAAUGGCAAGAUGAAGAUCUAUGUGCACAGGAAAAACAAAAGAAUCAGCACUGUCCUGAACAUAAUAGUCUUGGGCAGCAUCAUCACAGCAGCCGGAGUGGCCAUUGGACACAUAUGGGGCAUCAAAGAUGAUUGCUCUACACAAAGUGCACAGUCCAUCAAUAAGAUACUCAGCAACCUUUACAAGCUACAAGAAGAAAAUGCAUAUCUGAGAAGCAAACUGAAAGAACUUACAAUGAUGAACAACAUGCACAUGAAGAAACCAGAGUCUCAGAAACUGUCACCUAAGCAUCUUAGGUGCAAGAAAGUUUUUGAAGAAUCUCUGAGCAAUAAAAAUGUUGAACAACAUACCAAGUGUGUUGAUGGUGACAACAGCAGUACAGACAAAGCACUUGAAGACCACUUGGUUGAACCCGACUUCGAGAAAGAGUUCAUAAGGGACAUUACGAAACUACGAAAUGUGUACAAGCAAAACAAAAGUUUACUAGAUGAUGAAGUGAAUAGGAGGUUAAAAUUUGAACAGACAGCCAUCAAGAGACUGAAAAACAGAAUACGAACAGUCAAGUUAACUAAAGAAAACAAGACUACAAAGGAUGGAAAGCCCCUAAAAGCAAAGUUUAUUGGUCCCAUGACUUUUGCUAACUUCCAGAAACAGUCAACUGAAGAAGAGCUCCAGCAAGCCAUGGAAGACCAGAAGAAAGUCUCCUAUGCAGAUUCCCUCAAGUCUAUCAAGUAUGACCCAGAAGUAGAGAGGGUCAAGAGAGACAUUGGUCAAAUAUCUGGAAUCCACAAGCUAGAUAAAUACAGAAAGAAGAAGGCCAAUAAAGUGGAAGAUAAUUUGUCUGAGCAAUCAUUUAGCGAUGAUGACCUAGGGAAAGACGACAGGUAUGUAGGGCACAAGUUCAAACUCGACAGGAAGAAAAGUGACCGCCAGAAGUCCAUGAAGAAACAGAAGAGGAAGAAUAAAUAUGAGCAGUGGGAAAUGAAGGGAGGCUACAUGAAGGACUAUGACGAUUUCUCUGUCAGCUCCUCCCAAGACCCCAAUGCCUUUGUCCUCAAAAACCCAGACAAAAAUGAACCUAGCCGAGAUUUUGAAAGAGUAAACUACAUAGAGCAGUUUGCCGAAUCAGAAAACCAGGCAAAAUCAGUAGACUCUGAAGUUGCCGCAAAAAAGCGCAAGAUAGAGAACAAUCCAAAUAAUGAAAAAACAGACGAUGUCAAACCAGAGAAAGGCGAAAAGGGGCAUGGAAAAGAAGGUAAACACGGAAAAGAAGUUAAGACGUCGAAGAAUGACAAAGCUAAUGAGAAGAGUCUGGAUUGGUUUGAGAAGCGCGCGUCUAUCAGGUCUCAAGCUCGAAAGAAAUUGGAGCAGGAGUUGUUUGGCAACAACACACCCAACGCCGCCGCUUGGUACUUCAAACGAAUGCAGAAACGUGAACAGUGCAGGGUGAAAACUGACGGCACCGCUAAGAAAACACACACGCGAAUGAAUUUUAAAACGAAGCAGUAAGCAGACGGGGAGGUAUUUUGUGUAAUUAAUGUGAUUAAGAAAGUAUUAGCUGGUUCUGUAGGAAUUAGGACAGUAUUGAAACUGUAGAUACGUUCUUGCACCUUGCACCUAUGUUCGGUGCUUUCAAAGUUCAAUCUUUAUAAUAAUAUUUGCUAAUAAGAUGCUAUUUUCAUGUUAGAAUCAACGUUCGUGUUAUUGGAAAUAUUUAUCGAUGUUUACCGAAAGGUAUUUAGGAACCUUUGGCAUUCCAUUGCAUUUUAAAGGUAAGUGCGUCGCCCUGUAAGCACUCUUGAUUACUUUAGCUUCUCUAUGUAUUCGGUAAAUUCACAAAACUUUUAUAUUCAUCAUACAGAAGUAUGGCACUAUUUUUCUAUUGACAUUUUGCUUUUGUGAUGUUAAAUAUAUUUUUAUACCACCGGAUUUCUAAAAUAUACAGGCAGCUGUUUUGGCAAUAAAUACUUACUUGAAAUUAACGUGUACCUAAUGAACCAAAGGUAAAUUAUAGGAAAUAAUCCCAGUCUUGGGAUUUUUAUUUCACUAUUGUAGAAGCUUUAAAAUUAAUCGGCUAACGAUAUUUAAAAUAUCUUGUUCAGCUCAUUGUGUAAAUUUAAUAAAUACAUUUUAUCUUUGCUAUUAAUGUUAGGAUUAGCGAAUAGACAAAUUGAAAUAUUUGUCAUUUAUUUCCAUGCUACUUAAAAACGUUUAAGAUUAUAUUUCACUCGCCUUUUAUGGAUUCUCGCAACCCAGUGAUAUUUUAUUUAGUUUAAUGUUAUUUUUAUCCGAAAAUUUUAAGUAUUAAUAAACAUACGAUUAUCAUUA